UAUGUCUCUGAUAUGAAUAUCCCCAUGACGUGAGAAGCUGCUCAUUUUCCAUUUGCUGCCAGGAGGAAGAUUAACUCGCCACCCCUCCUCCCCCUCUUCAGAGCCUCAUAAAUAGCAAAGCGCACAGUCUCAUUGUAUUACAACAAUUGUAGCACAUCCAGUUAAAAGACUGACAAACUCGUUGACAUAAUAAGAAACAUCAGCAUGUACUCAACUAAAAGCGAGGGACCGCGCAGAGGAAGAUCUUUUGACUCCAUAAACCUUGGUCUGACAUUGGAAGAGAAGCAACUUAACAAUGAGAUGAACAAAUCUGCUUUUCCAAAGAUCGAGGAGAAUAAAGACAACAAAACCGCGUCUACAGAGAGAGGCCGGGCUGCUGUUGUGUUCUCCUUGAAGAAUGAAGUCGGUGGGCUUGUCAAGGCACUAAAACUUUUCCAGGAAAACCACAUCAACCUGGUGCACAUUGAGUCCAGAAAAUCCAAAAGGCGCAACUCAGAGUUCGAGAUCUUUGUAGACUGCGACAGCAACCGCGAGCAGCUGCACGAGAUCCUUCAGCUGCUGAGAAAACACGUGAACGUGCUCGAGAUGGACGCGCCUGACAACCGCCUGCCUGAAGAAAGCGAGAUGGAGAAUGUCCCGUGGUUCCCGAAGAAGAUUUCAGAUCUGGAUAAAUGUGCGAACCGCGUGCUGAUGUACGGAUCAGACCUGGAUGCGGAUCAUCCAGGAUUCAAGGACAACGUCUAUCGCAAAAGGAGGAAGUAUUUUGCAGACUUGGCUAUGAGCUACAAACAUGGAGACCCCAUUCCCCGUAUAGAGUUCACAGAGGAGGAGGUGAAAACAUGGGGAGUGGUGUUCAGGGAGCUGAAUAAACUCUACCCCACACACGCCUGCCGCGAGUACCUCAAGAACCUGCCCUUGCUCAUCAAACACUGUGACGUCCGCGAGGACAACAUCCCGCAGCUGGAGGACGUCUCGCGCUUCCUCAAAGAGCGCACCGGCUUCACCAUCAGGCCUGUGGCUGGGUAUCUCUCCCCACGAGACUUCCUGGCAGGUCUGGCCUUCCGUGUGUUUCACUGCACUCAGUAUGUCCGACACAGCUCAGACCCGCUCUACACACCUGAGCCAGACACAUGUCACGAGCUGCUUGGACAUGUCCCUCUUUUGGCCGAGCCCAGUUUUGCUCAGUUCAGUCAGGAGAUCGGUCUCGCGUCACUGGGAGCAUCGGAAGACUCUAUACAGAAACUCGCCACUUGUUAUUUCUUCACUGUGGAGUUUGGCCUCUGUAAGCAAGAAGGGAGACUGAGAGCUUAUGGAGCCGGUCUGCUGUCCUCCAUCAGCGAGCUGAAGCAUGCACUCUCAGGAAAUGCCAGGAUCUUGCCCUUUGACCCCAAUGUGACAUGCAAACAGGAGUGCAUCAUCACCACCUUUCAGGAUGUCUACUUUGUUUCGGACACCUUCGAGGAAGCAAAGGUCAAAAUGAGGGAGUUUGCAAAGACCAUCAAGAGGCCAUUCUCAGUGCGCUACAACCCGUACACACAGAGCGUAGAUGUUCUGAAGGACACGACCAGCAUCAACAACGUGGUGGAAGAACUAAGACAUGAGCUGGACAUCAUUGCAGAUGCACUAAGCAGGCUAAACAAACAGUUAGGAGUCUGAAAAACUAAACAUUUCCCAGCAAAUCGUCCAUUACUUCAUGUACCAGUUCAUCUGUUUUGUCACAGUACUUCACUCUCCAAAUCAUGUAUGGCAUGAAAACCCACCAAACUAAGUCAAAUCCUUGUGUCUGUUUAUAUAAUUAGUUUGGCUCUUGUUUGAUUAAAUAUGUGGAUCAACAAAAGCUGUGCUAAAUGCUUGCAAGUGGAGUUCUUGUAUUCUAUGUGAGAUUUCUACUUGACAAGGUGGUAUUUAUGCAAGGUGACCACAAUGGUUUAGGUUAAAUUAAGGCUACACAUGUGACCGACCGUUAGUCUUGUGCAAAAUUGAUGUCUGCUAAUAUAUUGAUGGUUUCAGUUUGCAUUUAUGUCAUUUCAAAUUGGCACCUUAUGUUUAUCUAUUCAGAGAUACUGUCUUAUAGAUAUUUUAGUAUAUAAACAGUAUCUUCGUGAGUCUAUGAAACAUUGUGUAUGCUAUGUGUUAUUGUUUCUUUAUUUAAAAUGGAUGUCUACAUGGAGUAGGACCUGGAAUAAUCUGUAUUUAUUCAAAUGCAUGUAAAUAUUGCAUUGGACAUGGAAUAAUAUUUUUACAAGUUACAAAUGAAUGCUUAGCGUCUCUAUAAGUAAUUCGUUAGAAACUCUGAACGAAGUAUGCCUAUCAGUUCAGGUUUAGGUUGUAGAGAAAUUUAUUGCUAGACAUUAUUAAAGAGUUCAUAUGCUUAUAAUAAAAUAAAUAUUUGUUUUUCUACUGUAAAUGCCAUAUGGUGUAAGUGUACAGUUUCUUAUUUUCUUCUUUACAUUUCAUGUUCUAAUGUACAAACAAUCGUGCUCUUGAGGGGCGCUUGUCGGCUCAAAUGGCGAAAUAGUCUUAUUCAAAUCUCAAGACAUUAUUUGUCAUAUAGGACACAUAUGUGUAUGAAAGUAAAAUGUUUUAAUCCUAUAACUCUAUGUAUACAAGUAUAUUUACCUGAGAAAUAAAUGGAAAGCGGCUCGAGUAGUAGUAGUAGUAUCUAUAAACGUUUUAAUCUCCUGUGAUCUCAGACGCCUGUGAUUGGUUUAUGCUGACCUGCGCUGAGAAAAGAAACAGACA